UUUUGACAAUUAUGUAAUUUGGUGCAAUCGAAAGCGUCAUCAUCUUCCCAGCGCUAGCGUUCGGGUCUAUCGCGGCGGACUACAACUACACCCGGCAGUGGAAGAAGGAGCGGCAAGGCAAGCUGCAGCAGGUUGCAUAGGACGUUUGGCACCGGUUAUUUCGCAAUAAACCCAACAAUCAGCAACCAUGGUGUUUGGAAUCACCCGUCAGUACCUGUGGAGCGUGGUGCCGCUGUUCGGUUUCGGCGUCGGAUGGUUCCUCGACCGGAAGGAAACGGAACGGAUGACCAUGUUCCGUGACAAGAGUGCGCUGUACGGAAGAGUACUGAAGGACGGCGAGAAACCAUCUUGGCCAUAGGGGUGCGCAAACCCGUGGAUUGUAAAUGGACAGAAAAGAUGCUGUAGUGGGUAACCAUAACACUGUUUUAGUGAAGGAAAUAUACUGAUUUUCUCAU